AGGAGAGUAAAAAAGAGACGAUGGAAAUGCGUGCUGAUUCCGGUAGAAAAGGAGCCUUCUCUGCACUCCUUUUUAUUCUUUUGAUCCUCAUUUUGUUUCCUAUAUAAUCUUCUUCUUCUUCCUCCUCUUCUCUGUUACUUUCAAAUCUUCUCCUUUAAUUUGCUUUGCUUACCUUAGUUUACUGCUGAAGUUGUUCUUCUAGUCCUUCAACUUCAGGGUCUCUUUAUAUUCGUUCUGAAAAACUAAAACCCAUGGUGUUUGAGUUGAUCUAUGGAUGCAUAAAUCCGGGAUUGGUUAGGCUUUCAAUAUUUUUAGCUGUUUCUGGGUUUUCUGUUAUUUUUCAUUUCGGACCAAUCGGGUCAAAGUUUCUGCGUGUUUUUUCAAUUAUUGGGUUUAUGUUGUUGAAUUCUGUGUUGCGGAAUUUGUUGUGCUUGUUAUUGAUACUGUUGUAUAAAAUUUGUGGUAAGAUUGAUUAAGUUUCUUCAUUGGAGAAAUAUUUUGUGAUUCCGGGGAGGGCUUUUAAUUUUUUCUUAUUCAGUUUUACUUUUAAUUGACAUCUUUGAGAAAAUAAAGUGAAAAAGAGAGUCAAAAUAAAUCAAUUUUUAGCUCAUCAGAAAACAGUUAACAAAAAAAUCAAUUAAAACUCACCAUUUUUUUGUGGGGUUUCGUAUAUGUUUUGAUACUGAUUUAGAAGAAGAGAAACAAAAAGGAGGGAAGAGGUUGAUAGGAAUUACUGUGGGGGUUUGGGAUUCUUAUGGGAGUCCCUGAUAGUUCACCAUUAGAUCUAAUACAAAAAGGAGCUAGGUAUUGGAUUUCGUUUGAAACAAGAGAUCUUUCUGGUUUUGCCGGUGAAGAAUUUGGGAUGCUAAAAAACGGUGCUUGGCAGAAAAUGUGUUGUUCCGAAUGUCAUGUGAAGUUUGCUGAUGAAUUCUCUCAUAGAUACCCUUGCCAAAGUUGUGGUUGUUUGUUGUGUUCUAAAUGUGUUGAAAGAUAUGAAUCCCAUGCUGUUGAUGAUGCCAAUCAAUCAGAUAAUGUAAAAGGUGAUGAUUUUGCAAGGACGAUAAGUGUUAAAUCUUGCAAGUUGUGCUGUGAUGGGGUUAACUCGAGGCUCGAAAGUGAAGGAAGGAAGUUUUCUGAGAAAAUGCACCCUUCUGAGUUUCCCCGGGAGAGCCCGGAAUUACUAUCCCCUUGUUCUAUGAACAAUGAAUCCAUUAGAAGUGAUCAUCUUGCUCAAUAUCUUGAAGCUCGUGAGUGUGGGUUUCCUCUGCCAGCGGUAACUGGCAAGAGCAUAACCUUAUUUAGUACCCAUCCCCCUUCUGUAUCUACUCAGCAAUCUGCCAGCAGGAGUGAUGCUGAUGAUUCAUGCAAGCAGUUUCUUAGCCCUUCCACUGAAUAUGGUCAGGAUGUUUCGGACAUAGAUUCUAGUAGUAUCAGUGCUAGAAAUGAGUUUUAUAGUUGUAAAUCUGUGGGAUCAAGUCCUUCAGAUAGCCCCUCUAGGAACAGUUUUAUUCCUCAUAGAGAUGGGCAUUUUGUACAGCAGAGGCAAGAAGGGAGCCCAAUGGCUCAAUAUGUUGGACCCUUUGGUCAAGAAAACAUGGCUGUUUUAAGAAAGCUACCAGAGACAGCUAUUGAGAAACCAGAGAAUACCGAUGAUUACUCUGAUGAUUCGUCUAUUAUUCAAAAGCCAUUAGAUUUCGAAAACAAUGGCCUAAUAUGGUAUCCCCCACCUGCUGAGGAUGAGAAUGAUGAGGCAGAGAACAACUUCUUUUCAUAUGAUGAUGAAGAUGAUGAUGUUGGGGAUUCUGGUGCGAUAUUCUUAUCAAGUAGUAGCCUUUCAAAUAUGUUCCCAGCAAAGGAGAAACAAGAGGGAAACAAAGAACCUAUUAGAGCUGUAAUCCAGGGGCAUUUUAGGGCUCUUGUGUCACAACUAUUACUGGGUGAGGGUAUCAAAGUUGAGGACAAUGCUGGGGGAUGGCUUGACAUUGUGACAGCAAUAGCAUGGCAAGCUGCGAAUUUUGUGAAACCAGAUACUAGCAGAGGAGGCAGCAUGGAUCCUGGGGAUUAUGUGAAGGUCAAGUGUAUUGCAUCAGGAAAUCCCAGUGAGAGCACCCUUGUCAAGGGAGUAGUCUGUACAAAAAAUGUAAAGCACAAAAGAAUGACCUCACAAUACAAAAAGCCAAGGUUACUUCUUUUAGGAGGUGCCCUUGAAUUUCUAAAAGUUCCAAAUCAGCUGGCAUCUUUUAGCACAUUGCUUCAACAGGAAAAUGAUCAUCUCAAGAUGAUCAUUAAAAAAAUUGAGUCUCUUCGCCCCAAUGUUUUGCUGGUAGAAAAGAGUGCGUCUUCAUAUGCCCAAGAGUAUCUACUUGCAAAGGAUAUUUCAUUAGUGCUCAAUGUGAAAAGUCCAUUAUUGGAGCGUAUAGCAAGGUGCACUGGAGCUCUUGUUUGUCCAUCUACCGAUAAUUUAUCUACUACACAAUUGGGGCACUGUGAACUGUUCCGGUUGGAAAAAGUAUCCGAAGAACAUGAGAUGGCCAAUCAGUUCAACAAGAAACCAUCAAAAACACUGAUGUUCUUUGAAGGUUGUCCAAGACGUUUGUGUUGCACGGUCCUGCUGAGGGGCAGAUCUCGUGAAGAACUAAAGAAGGUUAAACAUGUUGUCCAGUAUGCUCUUUUUGCUGCCUAUCACCUAUCCCUUGAGACUUCCUUUCUUGCUGAUGAAGGCGCUACUCUGCCUAAGAUGAAAGUAAAACCUUCAGUUUCUGUUUCAAAGAAAAUGGAGGCUGACAGUAGUGUUUCAGUUGCUCCUAAUUCCUAUUCUUCAUCCACUUUUGAUGCAAUUAUCGAUGCUUCUCCACAGAAUGAUAUAUCUCUGAGUCUCAAUCCAGCACAUGGAGGAAUGGAAUCUUUGUCUGAGCAGUGUGAUCAAAGUCAUUUUUUCCCUUCAUCUGGUGGUUCUGUUCUCGAUUCAUACAAUGAUGAUAUAUUCCCUAGUGCAGGUUUGAACAUGUAUUCGCAACAAUUCCAGGAUUCAAUGCUGUUCACUAUGUUACCUUGUGAUAAUAGAGAUUUUUCACAAUCUGAAUUGCAAGAAACCAUGGCUGAAGAGGAGGGUCGUCUUGGUGAGAUUCAAGAAUUGGUAAAAUCUGAAAAGAUUGAUGAUGAUGAAACUUCCAGUGAAUACUUUUCAGCUUCUGACACUCACCAGAGUAUAUUGGUUUCGUUUUCAAGCCGAUCCGUACUGAAAGGAACAGUUUGUGAACGUGCUCGGCCCCUGCGAAUAAAGUUUUAUGGUUCUUUUGAUAAACCGCUGGGAAGAUAUCUUCGUGAUGACCUGUUUGAUCAAGCAUCAUGUUGCCGGUCAUGUAAUGAGCCAACUGAAGCCCAUGUCAUUUGUUAUACCCACCAGCUUGGAAAUUUGAUGAUCAAUGUAAGACGCCUUUCCUCUCUUAAGCUGCCUGGUGAACUGGAUGGGAAGAUAUGGAUGUGGCACCGGUGCCUAAAGUGUGUUCAUAUAAAUGGGAUUCCUCCAGCAACUCGUAGAGUAGUCAUGUCUGAUGCUGCCUGGGGACUUUCUUUUGGAAAGUUUUUGGAGCUUAGCUUUUCAAACCAUGCGACCGCUAAUCGUGUUGCCACAUGUGGUCAUUCAUUGCAGAGGGACUGCCUUCGUUUCUAUGGGUUUGGCAACAUGGUUGCCUUCUUCCGCUAUUCUCCAAUAGAUAUUCUAUCGGUGCAUGUGCCCCCAUCAACACUUGAAUUUAGUGGAAACAUUCAGCAGGAGUGGAUUAGAAAAGAGGCAGCCGAGUUGAUGGUCAAAAUGGAAAUGUUGUAUGAGGAGGUAUCUGAUUUACUCGACAGCAUUGAACAGAAGAUCAAUUCUGCUGGCUGUCUAUCAUCAAAUGCAAGCGAUUUACAGAAUCACAUCAUGGAAUUGAGAGAACAGAUGUGGAAGGAGAUAAAUAAUUACAAUGGUUUGCUGCAACCAGUUGUUAUGGAGACUUCACAACUGGGUGUAGCAGCCUUGGACAUCCUAGAGUUGAAUCGACUAAGGCGUUCACUUCUAAUCAGUUUAUAUGUUUGGGAUCGGCAACUUCAUUCAUUGGACUCUCUUAUUAAGAAAGGUUCUGCUGUCAUAGCUGAAGUGGAUCAUUCAAAUGAUGGGAAACUUGGUGCUAAUGAACAAAAUGCUUACAGAUCCCCAGAUUCACAGGAGUCUCCUACGAAUUCCAUACAGUUGGGGAAGAACCCUAUUCUGUCGAACUUGGAAUCUGUUGUGCCAAAAGAAUCUGACUUGGCAGUGUAUAAUCAGAAGAUAGAGGAGGAUACACAAUUAGAUGGAAGCCUCUCAUCUCCUGCAUCUGCGUUAUCUGCACAAAUAGAUUCUGCUUGGACAGGUACUGAUGUACUUCAGCCUCCAGAAGCAUUUCAAGAAGAUGAGCUCCAACCUUCUUUGAUCAGGCGCACAAGUAAAAUCAAUAAUCUUCAUUUGAGUAGGGUAGCAUCUCCUAGGAGACUUUGUUCUUUUGAUUCUGCAAUGAGAUUCCAGGAAAGAAUUCAGAAAGGAUUGCACCCAUCUUCAACACAAUUAUCGAUGCUUAGAUCUUUCCAUGCUUCUGGAGAUUACACAAGUAUGAUUAGAGAUCCGGUUUCUAAUGUAACAAGGACUUACUCUCAUACAUUGCCUCUGGAGGCACAAAAGAUGAAUUUGUUACUCAGUUCCGCUCCCACUUUAAUCACCUCUGCAUCUCAUGUGGUUGAAGGGGCUCGGCUACUUCUUUCGCAGAAGGGUCACGGUGAUAUUGUUAUCGCUGUUUAUGACAAUGAUCCUGCAAGUAUAAUAUCAUAUGCUCUCUGUUCCAAAGAAUAUGAUGAGUGGGUUACCGAUAAGUCCAAUGAAAUUGGAGGAGCCUGGAGUUUUAGUGACAAGAGCAAAGAAGAUUCUUCUGCUUCCAGCUUUUCACCCUGGCAGUCAUUUGGUUCUCUCGAUCUGGACUAUAUUCGUUAUGGAAAUUUUGGCUCCGAAGAUGCUUCAUCAUCUGUGAGUACUGCAUAUACUGAUACGGAAAGGUCUCGACAUUUAAUGGUUUCUUUUGGAGAUGAUUCUUCUGCUGCUGGCGGCAAAGUGAAGUUCUCGGUGACUUGUUAUUUUGCAAAACAAUUUGAUUCUCUUAGGAGAAAAUGUUGCCCUAGUGAAGUGGAUUUUCUGCGUUCUUUGAGCCGCUCUAAAAAAUGGAGUGCACAAGGGGGAAAGACCAGUGUGUUUUUUGCCAAAACAUUGGAUGAGAGAUUCAUUAUAAAACAAGUCCAAAAGACGGAGUUAGAAUCGUUUAAUGAAUUUGCUCCGGAAUACUUCAGGUAUUUGACAGAGUCUCUCACUUCUGGAAGCCCUACUUGCCUAGCAAAAGUUCUUGGCAUUUAUCAGGUAUCCGUAAAACACCUGAAAGGUGGCAAAGAAACAAAAAUGGAUGUUAUGGUGAUGGAGAACCUGUUUUUCAGAAGAAGUAUCUCAACGGUUUAUGAUCUCAAGGGUUCUAUCAGAUCACGAUAUAACCCGGAUACAACAGGGGAAAACAAAGUACUGCUAGAUAUGAAUCUGUUGGAAACGCUGCGAACAGAGCCCAUUUUUCUCGGAAGCAAGGCGAAGAGAAAUCUCGAGAGAGCUAUUUGGAAUGAUACAUCUUUUCUGGCAUCGGUUGAUGUCAUGGACUAUUCGUUACUUGUUGGGGUGGACGAGGAGCGCAAAGAGCUGGUUUUGGGAAUUAUUGAUUUCAUGCGACAAUAUACGUGGGACAAGCACUUGGAGACAUGGGUCAAGGCAUCCGGGAUACUAGGUGGCCCGAAGAAUGCAUCCCCAACGAUCGUUUCGCCGAAACAAUACAAGAAAAGAUUCCGAAAGGCGAUGACUACUUAUUUUCUCACCAUUCCUGAUCAAUGGAGUUCAUGACAUGGUUUAAUCAUUGGUUCAUUAACAAGGGCAUGAGAAAUUGUAAUGCCUGGCAACAUGAGAAGUGAGCUCUCUCCCUCUCCGGUCGGGUACCAUUGGAUCUUCGUGUUUUUCCGUUGGGCAAAUUGUUUUGCAUUGUGGUUGGAAUUGGCCUGUAACUAAACAAAUGUACACUGUGAAGAGGGAGGGUGAACAUGGUUUUCCUUUUGAGGACUCCUUUUAGUGACCUCUAAAGAAAGGGAAGAAUCCAGGGCUCUUGUGUAAUUGAUAUAUAUAUAUAUAUAUAUAUAUAU